CUAGGAUUAGCACCCAACACUCAAGCAAAUACAUUUGUAGUAUAUCGUCCAUACAGAUUCCCUCACUACUCUAGUAUUUCAUCUUUCUCAAUUUUUGCAACAAUGGAAAUGGUUGGAAAGAUUGCAUGCUUGGUUCUUUUGUGCAUGGUGGUGGUUGCACCAUAUGCAGAGGCACUGACCUGCGGCCAGGUUCAAUCUGGCUUGGCACCCUGCCUCCCUUAUUUGCAGGGCCGCGGUCCUCUUGGAGGCUGUUGUGGCGGAGUUAAAGGUCUUUUGGGUGCUGCUAAGACCCCAGCAGACCGCAAGACAGCAUGCACUUGCCUGAAAUCAGCUGCUAAUUCUAUUAAGGGCAUUGAUGCUGGCAAAGCUGCUGGUCUCCCUGGUGCUUGCGGAGUCAACAUUCCUUACAAGAUCAGUCCCUCCACUGACUGCUCCAAGGUCCAGUAAGGCUGAUCAUAAUUUGGUAUUGUGGUGCAAUCAUGAGGAGAAGAAUAAGGAUGGAUGGAAUGUGAUCCUGCUUAUGGAUCAAUUUCUAUGUUGUAUCUGUUGUCUCUUUCUUUUUAUUCGUGUCUUUUGGAGUCAUAGUCGAGUCUUGUAAUGAACCUUGGAGGUUGGUUGUAUUACAACCCAAUCUUCAUAUUAAUAGUAAUACAUAUUCUACGAUCUUAUUUA